AUGACCUAUAAUGAAGGAUAUGAAAUCCUGGAAAAGAUUUCGGCAAACAAUGAGCAUUGGGCUGACCCACGUGCUCAAUCACAGAAAAAGACUGCCGGGAUACAUGAUGUAGAUGCAUAUACUGCAUUAACAGCCCAACUUACCUCCAUGACCAACAUGUUGAAAAUUUUAACUUUUGGUCAUGGAGGACAACAAGCUGCUAAUACACCCGUCCCAACAGUCCUAUCUGUGCAAUGUGUAUGUUGUGGUGGAGAACACUCGUAUGAACACUGUCCUCAUAAUUCUGAAUCAGUAAACUAUGUUCAUAACCGAGCUAAUCCUUAUUCCAACACAUAUAAUGCCAGUUGGAGGCAACAUCUGAACUUUUCUUGGAACAGUCCCAGUUUAAACCCACCAGUCCAUAAACAACAAGGAACUUCUAAUUUUCAACCACAACAUCAUGGAAACAGUUCUAACUCUCAGACUCACCAACAAAGUUUUCAGAAUUCCCAACCACCUUUUCAGAAUAAACCUCUUCCACACUCAGAAUCAUCUUCUUUGGAAGCAAUGAUUAAAGGACUCUUUACACAUGCACAAGCAAAAAAUCAAGCUUUGAUAAAUCAACAAAGUGCGGCCAUUAGGAAUUUAGAGACUCAAGUCAGUCAACUUGCGCUUAACCAAAACAAUCGAGCCCUUGGUACCUUGCCCAGUAAUACAGAGGUCCCUAGAGACCUAGGUAAGGAACAUGUGAAAGUAGUAACCCUUAGGAGUGGGAAGGAGUUGAAAGAAAAAGUGCCCAAAGAUAGUGCACCAAUUUUGACAGAAGCUGAUGCUACAGCAUUGGUUCCUGCCAAAGAAAGACCGGUCCAACCCUUAGAGAAGAAGGCAUCCGAGACCACCACUUUUGCCCCCCCUAGAUUAUACUUUCCAUUACUAUUUCCUGAGGAUGCCUUAAAGAAUUCAAAAGAGACGGAGGUUUUAGAGACCCCUAAGCUUGAUGCUAACAUUUCAUCUGAACCUCCAAAGGGCACCACAAAAACCCAAGGCAUUCAAGACCCGUCUUGCUCAACUCAUCCAAGCAUAGGAGAGGCUAGACCGACCACAGUCACACUCAAAUUGGCCAACAAGUCCAUAGCAUACCCCAUUGAAGAUGUGUUGGUACAAGUUGACAAGUUCAUAUUUUCGGCAGACUUUAUCAUUCUAGAUUUUGAGGUGGAUAAGGACAUUCCUAUUAUUUUAGGAAGACCAUAUCUAGCCACCGGAAGAACUUUGGUAGACGUCCAAAAAGGAGAGUUGACUAUGAGACUCCAAGACCAAAAAGUCACCUUUAAUGUCUUCAACUCUCUAAAGUACCCUGAUUACUUGGAAGAGUGUUCAAAAAUAUCUGAGAUAGAGAAGAUGUGUUUGGAAGAAGGAAUUCAGAAAAGCCUUCAGUUGGAAGGAGAGCAUGAUGAGGGAAUAGAAGAGGAAAGUGUUGAGGAAAUAGAGGAAUUAGGAGCUAAUGUUGUCCUAGUGGAUGCUGCAACAUUUGAGCUGCUAGAAAAUAAUUAG